GUCGCGAGAGACGACUGUGGUGAGCUGCUGUUGCUGCUGCUGCUACUAGGUCUCGUCGGCGACGUAGCAGCUGUGGCAUUGUCAAACGUGAACAAUCUCUAUUUCUGAGUUGGAAACGGAAGCUCUGCGGUGCCGGACUCAUCAUGUCUUACGCCUACCUCUUCAAGUACAUUAUCAUCGGUGAUACGGGUGUUGGCAAAUCAUGCCUGCUCCUCCAAUUCACCGACAAACGGUUCCAACCUGUCCAUGAUCUCACAAUCGGUGUCGAGUUCGGUGCUCGCAUGAUCACCAUCGAGAAGAAACAGAUAAAGCUCCAGAUUUGGGAUACGGCUGGACAGGAAGCCUUCCGCUCGAUUACCCGAUCUUACUACAGAGGUGCGGCCGGAGCUCUGCUAGUCUACGACAUCACACGUAGGGACACCUUUAACCACCUAACCACGUGGCUUGAGGAUGCCCGCCAGCACUCUAAUUCCAACAUGGUCAUCAUGCUUAUCGGAAACAAGAGCGACCUUGAGGGUCGUCGCGAGGUGAAAAAAGAAGAGGGUGAGGCCUUCGCCCAAGAACACGGUCUGGUAUUCAUGGAGACUUCCGCGAAGACCGCUGACAACGUCGAGGAUGCCUUCAUCAACACAGCCAAAGAAAUCUACGACAAGAUUCAGGAUGGCGUUUUCGACAUAAACAACGAGGCCAACGGGAUCAAGAUUGGACCCCAACAGGCGAACACCAGCCCGGGCGGUGGCAACCCAUCUGGGAACACACAAUCCGGCGGAUGCUGCUAGAUAUCCUUCAUAAUGAUUAAAGAGUCGAACAGCGAUCGUUGCUAGGGAAGGCUCCCGCCGAUGAAAAGACAACCAUGCCUAUCCUGUUAUUUUCUUGUACAUUGCCUUGAAAUUGUCUGACGACGAACCCGAUUCGCAACACAAGCGAAACUGUGGUAAGGCGCAUGGAGUUACCGAAGAAAAAUGGUCCGCAGAAUUUUUUUUUAAUUCGCACCCUAAGCAAAAACCAUUCGUGGUGAGUCGCGUUCUCGAGAGAAGGGAGGGGAAACUCCCGUCGGCGGUCAUCUCCGGGGUUCCGUCAAGGGUCCCGUCAGAGGCACCGUUAGGAAGUCCGUGGGUAGUUCCGUCCUGGGAUCCCUCGGGGAAGUGUUCACCUCGGGUGGAUUGGCUCGGGCGAAUGUUCUCUGUCGUUCCCAAUACUUAUCCGUUACAUCUCUAUUUUCAAUGAAUCUUCGCUGGUCUUCCAAGCGAUGUGUUCCGUUGGUUCAUUCCCAAGAUUCGGUUCCACGUCAUGAGAAUGAGUCAUCCGAUUCGUAUUGAUCGUAGAGUCUCACGUCGGGGGAUGAUCUCUGCUGCUUUGCAGUUCGAAAUCAUCAAUCACUCGAAUCUAUUGAGCGGUAUAUGAAAAUGGGGGUCUCCGGGGUCUGCCAGAGUAACUAUUCCUGCCCCGGGGGUUAUUGACCGGUCCGGUUCCCGAUCAAGCUCAUUCGGAAGAGGGAGAUCGAGUCGAUCUCCCGACUAGAUUCCUAAUUCCAUCUACGCGUCCAUAUGUAACUCGGGGAGGAACCGAUGACUUCGCAUAACCAUCCAGAUGCAGAGCGUCGGUCCUGAUCCACGAGAGAAAUAGAAGCUGUGGUACUCUCGCGGUCCCUUGGUCCGAAUUCUCAAUAUGAAGAAGGAAACUGAGAUUGGCUAUGUUUCAUGUAUACUACAGGAAAAAAUACAGCUACGAUAAGUCGAAAGUGAUAUCGUGUGAGUGGUGAUGGAUGAGGCAGGGAGCGAUGCUAUAUUGUCGUGUGAGACGACGGACGACCCGGUAUGGGAUUUCGCAGAAAUUAUCGCGGCUAGCACGCACCGGUCACCUGAACCGAAGCGUCUCCCACGCCACGACGCGAAAACGCGACUUCCGUCGGUGGAACGCGGCUGCUUUAGUUCAAGAAGUAGAUGCACGUGGUUUUAAGUUCGGCGGAAUAUUGGAUCACAGACGAACUUUCACUCCUAGAUUUCACAAAUAGGUAAUGCUGAGACAUUGAAUCUGAUUCCGAGUGAGGAGUGAAGGAGUUGGGAUUUCCGAUUUAUGUUUCAGUUGCCUCCGAUAGACGAAUUGAGUUUCGACGAGGCAACAGAAUCGUUCGUGGGUAAGUCGGCUCUCCUAAAUCGGAUGGUUCUGCGGGAGAGAACAACUUUUUGGCAAAUUUCAUAUAUCACAAGAAUUUGAGAAAAAACGUGGAGCUCCAAUCGGAGGGGUAACUUAUCUAUUAUGAGAGAUCCCGGGGAAUACGAUUCCGGUCGGCUGCAUUCUCGGAGGGAGUCCAAAUAAGACCAUAUGGUCUCGAAGUGCACCACCUCACCUACAUAUAUGAUAGAGAAUAUAAUAAAGAAGCUGCUACGAGAAAA